UUCGUAACUCACUCACAUAACUCAGAUCCAAUCUCACUCCACUUGACCUAUACAUACACACAUCUCCCCACCCUUGUAUAGUUGUAUCUAUCUACUCUCCACAUCUCAUCUCGUCAAUGGGUUUUCCAGCCGAUGAGAGCCCACUAAACUUCUUGAUAUACGGGCGCACCGGCUGGAUUGGUGGCCUUCUGGGCAAGCUCUGUCAGGCCCAAGGCAUCACCUACUCCUACGCUUCUGGGCGUCUUGAAAACCGGGCCUCCAUCGAGAAUGACAUUGCCACUGUCAAGCCCACCCAUGUUUUCAACGCCGCCGGCGUCACUGGCCGCCCCAAUGUUGAUUGGUGUGAGUCACACAAGGUGGAGACCAUAAGGGCUAAUGUGGUCGGCACUUUGACUCUUGCUGAUGUGUGCAGGGAGAAGGGGUUGGUUGUGAUUAAUUUUGCAACUGGGUGCAUUUUUGAGUAUGAUGAUGCUCAUCCUCUCGGGUCGGGUCUUGGGUUUAAGGAGGAGGAUACUCCUAAUUUUAUUGGAUCUUACUACUCCAAGACUAAGGCUAUGGUGGAAGAUUUGCUUGGAAACUAUGAAAAUGUAUGCACUCUACGUGUCAGGAUGCCAAUCACAUCUGAUUUAUCCAAUCCCCGCAACUUUAUCACAAAGAUCACGCGAUAUGAUAAAGUGGUCGAUAUACCAAACUCGAUGACUAUCUUGGACGAACUCCUCCCCAUUUCUAUCGAGAUGGCAAAGCGGAAUCUUACUGGAAUUUGGAACUUUACCAACCCUGGAGUGGUCAGCCACAAUGAGAUUUUAGAGAUGUACAGGGAUUACAUUGACCCAAAAUUUACUUGGAAAAAUUUUAACCUUGAGGAGCAGGCUAAAGUUAUCAUUGCACCUAGGAGCAACAAUGAACUUGACGCCUCCAAACUGAAGAAGGAAUUUCCAGAACUCUUAUCUAUCAAAGAGUCCCUCAUAAAAUAUGUGUUCAAGCCCAAUCAAAAGACCUCUGCGGCUUGAGACAGGUUCAAAGUUUUGUUGUAUGUUGUUUAAUAUUGGUUUGCGGGAAGUUGGUAACAUCACAGUUCCCCUGCGACAUGUAUGGUUUCUUUAUAGUGUUAAAUGUUUGUAUCAUUGUAUGUGUUUGUAUUUCAACUUGGUUAUCAAUAAGAAUGAGCAGGUGAAUUAUACAGU